GUAUGCAUCGGAAUAACCACAAGUUACUAAAAAUUAUUUCAUGACUAGGAAGUGAUCAGCUGGAUCUUGAAAAUUCUUGCCUGUUUGUUAGUAGUGAAAAUUAAUUCUUGAAUCUAUAGUUAGAUUAGCAAAACUAAUUUGGAGUUUUCUCUUAAUGUACACACAAUUUAGAUUAAAUCACGUUCAAGAUUUUCACACACUUUUGUGUUUUUGUGUAGGAAAAUAGUUCUAAUUUGAAACCUUUCACCAUUCAUCGUAUAGAAUAUUUAAGAUCUAUACAAAAUAGCAAAAGUGUGUCUACUUGACAAGCGAUUGACCAAAUUAUUUGGAGUACCUGACGGUUUAUUUGGACAUACUUGCAAUCGUAGGUAAAAUCACCAACAGACAUAGGUUCUCAGACUAAACGUUGCAUAUAUCUCAGCAGUUUUCUGAAUGUGCUGUUUCAAAUAUUGAAUACAGUUUGAAAUUCAUUAAACGCUCAUAAUGCUUUGUAUGGAUAUAAAGUUGAUCUAUAAUAAGAGAAUGGCUGAUGUAGAGGUACAGAAAUGCCUGGACUGGCUGCUGGAACAGAAGAAUGACUUGGAGGAGACAAGUUUUGGAUGCAACAGGCAGUCGGUAAACGAGGGUACCGCACACCAUUCACAGCAUAAAACAAAACUUCGAGAAUAUAUCAAACACAUGGAUAAACUAAAAAUCAAACAUACAUUGACAGAUGAAGAAUUGAGUUCGUUGUAUGGCACAUAUCAAACAGUUCAGACUCUAGCCGACAAGAAGACAAGUUGUUUCGAAGUCAUGAAUGGAAUAACGAAUUUGGAAGACCAUAUUCAGGGUCUGAGUACAGAGUUUGACAACAAAGCCGUCCAUCUGGUCAACCUUUCCAUAAACAACAGAAAGAAAGCCGAGAACAACACUCUCAGCAACGAAAGCAUGGCAAAAACAACAAAGAAUUGUGUUAGCGGUGUCAGACAGUCGUGGCGGUGGGUGGAUGAAGUUAUGCAAUGUGCACAUGUACAUUUAGCAAAUGCUGGAGCUUAUCACGAGUUUUUCCAUGAUGUAGAGGAAGUAGAUUACUGGAUGAACAACAUUAUGUCUAACAUGCAUUUGACAUUUUCGAGACAAAGGUUGGACGGUGACAGCUCAAACUUGUCCGCAAUCAAUAGUGAGAUGAAGGAUACUCUUAUGGCCUACCUGCGAUGGCAGGGUAAGGUGGACAGUCUGUUUGCACGUGCACGAGAUAUAGUUCCCGUACAUAAAAGGACGUCAAUCAUCAAAGGAUCUUGUCCAGUUUUAGCUUUAACAACUUACAAAACAAACGAGAUCGAAUUCCAGGAAGGAGAGACGUUGACUUUGUUGAACAAUUCAGACAAAAGCAAAUGGCAAGUGAAGAAUUCUGCAGAACAAGUUGCUUUUGUGCCAGCCGUUAUCCUACUAAUUAAUGGUCCAACAGGGGAGGCAAUCGACGCUGCACUUAGACUUCGGAUACAGUUAAUGAGUCUGUGGACCACCAGCACCAAGAGGUUAGGGUAUCAAAUGAUAGCGUUUAUGCAGACGAUAUUCCGUGACUGGACACCAGAGGAGAUAAAAGCUAUCCAGAGCAUGCCAAAAGCCAACAGGGAUGAACUACUAAAAAUCCUUAAGACAACAGAAUCCACACUCGAAAAGAACUGGGACGGUUACGAAGGGUUCGAAGACUUGCAGGAACGAAUCUCAAGACUGAGAACUAUCCUGGAAGAAGCAAAGGACGAGAACGCGUCUCACAACGGUACAUCAGGAGAAGUUGUGAUUCAAGUUAGAAUGCUUGAGGAUCUUUUAAAUCAUUACCAGGAGUUUUGGACGUACUGGGAAACCUACAAGGUUGUCGUUGAGGUGCUCAUGCAGCCAAAAUACAUUCUUGUAUGCGAUAAAUGGGACGAGCUGAAGUAUAAAUCUACUGCACAUUUCGUAAGAUUCUGGGAUACAAACUUGUUGUUGCCAAAGGAUGGCGGGAAAACAUAUAAAGCGGAAGCUGCCCUUACUUUACAUGAGACGCCGAAAACAAAACUUACAGACGAUAUGGUAAAAGAGGUUAUGUCAUCGACAUCUGUAGAAAAAACUGAUAGCACUUUAUCUGAUGCUCUAUCAAAACUAAAUGAUGGACAAGGUCUUGAUGAUAGAGAUGGACCUUCUGAAUCGGAAUAUAAAGACCGUCAUUUGUUGCAAUCCGCCGCGUCUAUAGAAGCAGACGAAGACUGGUCAACUUCAACGGACUUAACGGAAAUCAGAAAACGUCAGCAGACGACAACGGAUCAGGUCACUAGCUCCACGGAGGAAGUGCGCCAUACUUUCGUCAUUAAAAAAGUCACUGAUCCAAGAACAGAAGAGGAAAUCAGUCUUACUGAGGCCGUUUUGGCGGGAAUUAUUGAUCAAGCGUCAAGUCGGUAUGUCAAUAUUGUAACGGGCGAGAGCGUGUCACUUCAAGAGGCUAUGGCUAUGGGAGAUAUAGUUGUAGAGUUCAAAUCCCAGAAGAAGAUUCGUGAGGAGAAGUCUUCAUAUGGUAUAAUUACAAUCAAAACUUCGGUGGAAACUAGGCCAUACACAAUUCUUAGUGUAAUAGAUCCAAAAACUGAGAAGGAGAUUUCGGUGCAAUCAGCGUAUAGAAAAGGAAUAUUGAGCAAAAUAAACGCUUGUUAUAAGACAGAAACUGGGGAGGAAAUAUCUGUCACUGAUGCUAUACAGAGCGGUCUGGUAAAAGCCGAAUUCCAUGGUGAAGAACAGCAGGGAGAAGAAGAAGAGACAAAAACAUAUGCAGUAAACGCUGUAUGUGAUCAAAAACGCAAAACCAAAGUGCCAUUCCAGGAAGCCAUGGAUAUGGGAUUGCUUGAUGCUGAGGAAGGAGUAUAUGUUAAUAAUGUAACAAAAGAAAGAAUCCCAAUUACAGAUGCAAUAAUGAGUGGUCUUAUUAAAGCUAAAAUAGUCACUGAUACAUCAAAACUUGACAUUGAUCCAACAAAUAGAAUUGUGGUUAGAAGGACGUCUUCAAUAAAAGAAAAAGUUCUGAAGGCGGUUAAGGUUUCAAGAGCAUUCAGAUCUAAUAUUGAUACUAUUAAUGGACAAUGAUCGGAUAAACUGAAACUAAUCUGAUAAUUGUAAGUUGAUGUGGUGGAUAGGAACUGAAACUGACAAAUUAAAAGUUAAUGUCCCGGUCCAAUUUAGACUUGAAAUAUGAAAUUAAGAUAUGGGAAUUUAAUCUCACAAAUUGGGACAGAUCUGACAAAUGCCAAUUAAUUCUGUAAACCGGAAUAAUCUAAAUGAAAAUCAAUCAAAUUGCCAUAGAAGCAAUGAAUAACAUAUGUAUAUGUUUUGAACUUUGGCUACCACUCAUUUGGUGCUUGGAAUGCUAGAAAAAUAGGGUCAGCAAUAAUGAUUUCAGAGCGCUACUCUAGGUAUGUCGUAAAGAGUGAAGCGAUAUUGUUUCUUUAUGCUCACAUUAGUUUUAUAAUUGAUACAGUUUGUAACAUUAUACAAAAAGUCAGUCCACAUUUUGUUAACAUUUGCAACCUAAAUUCUAAUGCCAUACAAACAAUAAUUAUCUAAGUUUAAACUUUUCUUUAAGCACUCACUAUUCGUUCAAGAGCGAAUUUAAAAUUGGUUCAUUUUUGAUCAACAUAAUGAUUUUUAUUCACCAUUUUUCUAAGUCAAAGAUAUUCUGCUGCAACUGUUGUGCGACAAUGACUGUAAUUUAUUCCGAUUAUCUUUGGGGUAAGUCCUGUUUGUCGCCAUUUCGAAAGCCUACAUUUUAUUGUUUUUAAAUCCACAUGCUACUUGAUAUUUAGUAAGGAAUCUGAUACCUGCAUUUAUCUUGUGCUUCAUUUUGCUAUUUUUGUCUUUGUGUAUCAUGCUUUUUAAUGAAUAAUGCUGUUUUUAUAUUUGUGUGAUAUGAAAUAUUUUUAUAACAAUAAAACAGUUAUACAUAG